AAGCGCCAGUCUACCUUUGUGCCACCUCUUUGCAGAGGAUGAAGUCAAUAUCCAUACAGAGAGCCGCAGUGUGGCCUGGAGAAUGCUGCAAUAUUAAGUGGAAGGGUUUGAAGCACGUUUAUUAACCCGAGUGACCAACGUCAAGAUUAUGUAUAAUUUACAGCUGUGAACGCUACUCAUCCUUCCCGGGGGCUGCUCUGCUGAGGCACUGCGGACUGUUUGAACUCGGUACGAAGCGGACACGAUGCGAAGGUGGUGUGGGCAGGUUCGAGGCAACACCGGGCGGAAGUGUCUGGCGGGAAGUCUCGGUGGAGCACCAGGCGGAAGUGGUGCGUGCCGGGCCGGCGGGAUGGUGCAGACCAGGAGCGGACGGCGGACCCAUACCGAGAAGGAGGCAGAACCUGGACUAAGAACACCAGUUAGUCAAAGAAAGACAAGGAGCAGCAGAGUUGAACCUCUGCAAGAGGUUACAGAAUCUCAACCUGAAGGACCAGAAAAUGUUGGAGCGAAACAGAUCAUCGAAACUACAUUGCAGCCUUGUCCAGAGCAGCCAAUAGAACAGUGUGAUAAGUUGGAUGUAAAUGACCAAUGUUCAGAAAGGGCUGUUGGAGAAAAUACUGCUGAAACAGAAGAGGAAAAGCUAAGCAGAACAGACAUUAAUCUGAUUGCAAUAGCUGAUGAAGAGACGAGCGUUGAGGAACAAGAGGAUAGGGAGAAAAAUUUAAAUAAUAAAACCCAAAGUGCAACUCCACCCAUUAUCAGUUUGCAGCUUAGCAGUGAUGAAGACAAGGAUGUCUUGGAGGAUGGUGGCAGUGACACAUUUUUGGAAAAAUCCAGUAUAAAUGUUACAUACAGACCUAUUCUUUUCUCUGAAACCUCUGCCAUUACUUGUGACACAGCAGGAAGCCCUUUGGCAAAGGGUAACAACCUGUUUGUGAUUGACAAACGACCAGGAGCAGAUCAGGAUAAACAAUAUUAUUUAGACUUGAGUGAAAAGGAGGAGAGUGAUAAAAGUGAAGAAGAAAAGGAGGAGAGUGGUGAAAGUGGAGAUGAUGCUGGUGAGAGAGACGAAAAGUCAGAGGAAGACGACGAUGACUUUUUUGAUGAAGAUGAACACGGCGAUGCUUUGAAGAAGAAACCUAAUUUAAUCAAAUUAUCAAGCAAAAUUGAUCCGGGACUUAAUCUGACAGAACUAGGUGGCCUGUACAUAAGCUUCGAUCCUGACAAACAAGGCCCUAAUUCAAAAGCCUUUAAAAAAUUAAAGGAGCAAAAGGAAAGUGAUGAGCUGUUGGCAAAUACCAUCCUGACACCAGAAUUUGAAAAACUGGAUCGUGUUCCACCUUUAAAAGAGUCUAUUCGUCAUCUGAAGAAAAAACGCAGGAAAGAGCGUGCGCAGACCGCGGGCGAUGGCUGGUACAACAUGAAAGCACCUGACCUAACUGAUGAGUUGAAGAAUGACCUGAAGGCACUAAAAAUGAGGGCUGCAAUCAACCCCAAGCGUUUCUACAAGAAAAAUGAUCGUGAAGGCUUCCCUAAAUAUUUCCAGGUUGGUACAGUUCUGGACAAUCCAGUAGACUUCUAUCAUUCUCGUAUUCCGAAGAAAGAAAGAAAACGAACAAUGGUGGAGGAGCUUCUGGCAGAUGCUGAAUUCCGACGGUAUAACAAGAAAAAGUAUCAGCAGAUCAUUGCAGAAAAAGCAGCUCUUGCAGCAGGCAAAAAGAAUCGCAAGAAGAAAAAGUUUAAGAACUAAAUUCUGAAGCAAGACUGAACAAAUGCCUUGUACUGGAUAAUCUUCCAGUCUCAAAUUGUUACACCACAGAAGAAGUCAUUGAGGCAAUACUUUGAGCAAUCCAGUCAGCUCCUGGUUUAUUCUCAUGGUGAAGAAAAUCUAUUUCCUUCAGCCUGCCCAUUUCCCAUUGAAAUCAUUCUUAAUCUGUACUUCCACAACCCAUAAGCAUAGAGUUCUCAGUCAGAAAUACUCUCUGCUUAAAAUAAUUCUUUUUCAUGUCUUUCCUGCUUCUCUUGUCCAUCUCCUUAAGUCGUUCCCCAGAGUCACAGCUAAUGUAUUUAAGAAGUGAUAGAAGUGUUACCAACUUCCUUAUCCACCCAGAUUCAUAGAUGCAAGCUAGCUUAUUCAGCUAAAUUCAGUUUCGGAGAUAAAAGAACUGUUCAGCUGUGCUGAGAUAAGUACUAUGAAAGAUAUUUCAUCUUCAAUAAGCCAGUGUAUUUAAGCAGUUUUUUAAAAUCAAAUCAGUUAUUUAUAAGUUCAUAAAAGUAACAAACGUACGUUUGUGUUCAAUAGGUACUGAAAGCAAGAAUAGGAUUCUUUGCAAUAUUUACAGACUUACCCUGGGCUUUGUCUGUGUGACAGGCAAUUGCGGUUUUUUUGCCUAGAAGGAAUUUCUUACAGAAUUGGGCUUGAAUUGAAAGUUAUUUAUUAUAUGAUGCACCCUCUAAAAUUCAUAAAGGUUAAAUGUGAUGUUCUAGGGUUAUAAUGGAAAAUACUUCCUAAUUUUAUGUAUUGAAUUAUGUCUAGUUUUAACUAAUUGAGAAUUCACCGACUAGAAGAAAUAAUGUACCAACAAGUUUCAUGAAGUGGGCUCUCAAUUUCUCUGAUCAUUCAUGCAAAAAGGUUUUGAUUUCUUUCUCUUGUACUUGUGUUAUACAAGCAAAAUAAAAAUGUCAGAAUACUA